AUGGAGUCUUAUGAAUCUGGAAUUGCUACCAUUUUCCUAGCAGAAUUUGCAUCUUUAACAUCAAAAAAGCUGAUCUUCUACAGACUGCUUCCAGCAAAAAAGACUGAGACUGAUCUGAAAGUGGAUUUAAAAGUGGCAGACUAUAAGAAUAAUACGGAAAAAGAUGUAGCUGGACAUACAGUACAAGUCAAACUGGCUGAUAUCUUAAUAAUUAAAGGGAAGAUACAAAUAACAAAUCAGGAGAGUGGCUUGGAUAAUUCUCCUCUGUUGAAUUUACAAAAGAAGAUUGUUAAAGGGAUUUUCCUCCUCCUUUCUGAAGAUUCUGGAGGGAGCCAGACCAUGGUGGAUCCCGUAGCGGAUCCUGGCAAGGAAGCAUGCCCCGAUCCUGGGAGGGCCGCGGGGGGAGAAGAGGCUGCGGCAGCCGCUACCUCCGCCACGGCCGAGGCUGCAGUUCAGCCGCCCGCACCCCCUCCGGCAGCGGCGCCUCCUCCUCCUCCUCCAGCCGGAGACCCGGAGAAAACUCGCGAAGAGUCGCCGAUGCUGCACCUGGAUCUGUACAACUUCGACUGCCCGGAAGCCCAAGGCAGCCGCUACGUGCUCACCAGUCCCCGCUCCCUUGAAGCCUGCGCUCGAUGUGCCGUCAAGCCGGUGGAGCUGCUGACCCGGCCGCUCAACGAGCUGAUCAAGGAGGCUCCCGGCAGGUCUAUGCGCGUCGCCGCCGGCCUCUAUGAGGCCUACGAGAUGGAUCGGCAGAGGAAGCUGCAGCAGUGCCGGGAGGAAAGGGAGAGGAUAAUCCGAGAGGAGAAGCGGAGGCUUUUCACGCCUGUCCUGACCGGAAGCCUGCCUUCCUCCCCGGCCUCCAGGGCGGCCUUCAAAAGCACUCUGCCCGAUGGGAGCUGCCCUCCGGCCGGCAAGCCCAAAGCGGCUGGAGGGCCCCCACCUCCUCCCCUGAGUGGCCCCAAGACCAAGAAGAGCCACUCCCUGGAUUCCCUGCAAAAGAGGAGAGAGGGCUUCUCCACCAAGACCUCCUCCGACUCAGGGGCCUCUUCUUCCUACAGCGGAGACAGUGGCAGGGACAAAUGCCUGCCUAGGACUAAGAGCGUGGCCACCAUGACCUCCCUGGUGGGUCGCAGUUUCAGCCUGAGCGACCUGAGCCACUCCCCACAAACCACCCAGAAAGUGGAGAGGAUUGUCAGGGAAGUGAAGCAGAAGAAAGGCUUCAAGGAGGUGUCUGAGAGGGACCGAAAAAUUGCCGCCCUGAUGAUAGCGAAGCACCAAGAGCAGAGCCUGUGGAAGGAGCAGCAGUACAGCGCCCACCUCCAGUGGGAUGUGCAGAGGAGGGUGGCGGAGCGGAGGAGGGAGCAGGAGGAGCGGGAAAAGCAGCUGGCUUUGCUGCAGGGCCACCGGAUGUGGGAAUCCCGGCUGGAGAAGCGACGUGGCCGGCUGACCCAUUCUUGGGAAGAGGCUGCCCAGGUGAAGCAAAGGCAGACCUUGAUGGAGGACGAGAAGUGGCGGGAACACGUGGAGAAGCAGGAGCGCGUGAGGAGGGAGAGGCUGGAGAAGGCUGCUCUGGAGGACAAGAAGAGGAAACGCCACCAAGAGCACAACCUGAAAGCUCAGGAAGAAAGCAAGAAAGAAGCCCAGGUGCGAGAGGUGCAGCUGCUGCAAGAAAAGCUCACCUUGGCAGCCCAGAAGAAGCUUAUGAAGGAACAGCUGAUUCAGAAGGAGAAGAAGCUGCUCAAUCAAGCUGACAAGCAGAAACACAAGGCCAUUCUCAAGGGACUGGCUAAGCAGGAGACCCAAGAGAGGGCAGUGCUGAGGGCCACCAUGGAAGGGAGCCUGAGCAAAGCUCAAGAGAACUAUGAGCAGGUCAUUGAGAAAAGGAACCAGGAACUGAGAGAGAGAGCCAAACGGGAAGACCUACAGAUCCAGAGGGCCAAGCUGACAGCAGAGCGCAAAGACCGGGAACAGAAGGAGCACGUAAGAGCCUUAGCUCAAGCUUCGGAGAGGAAGCUCCAACAUGCCACUCAGGUGGCCGAGGAAGUUGUCCAGCAGAAAGCUCGAAAGGUGGUGCAGAACCGGCUGGAGAAGGAGAAGGUGCAGAAAGUAAACAAGAGGAAAGUCGAGGAGUGUGAAGAUAUCCGCCGGAGGGAGAUCCUGUUGUCUAUUGAGAAAAAGCUGGAGCGAAGUGAACAGAUUUGUAAGGAGAAAAAAAAUGUCUUAGAAAAUGCAAGGUCUGUGGCUCGGGCCUCAUUCCACGUGAGGGAAAAAGUCCGGGAAGAGAUGAACAUCCGUACCUUUGACAAGAUGGCUUUUGAGGCAGAACUGCAGGCCAGCCUCGUUAAAAAAUGAAUUGUCUUUUUUUAUUUGGGAUUCAAUGGGGAUUUCUGUUUUGCUGCCUAUUGUCAGAAUUGGGAGAUUAAAAAAAAACAACAAACCAACACUUUAUUAUUUUAUGGAGCACAAAAACAUGGGCAUAUGCUUCAUAGACCUUUUUCAAAUGCUCUUGUUAUACGUAUUCAAAAAAAUGCAACUAUCUAUACAAAGAAAAUAUGUAUCCCUCUGUUGAAUAAAAUACUGUUUCCAUGGAAUAAAAUCAAGAUAGGUACAUUUUAUAUAAGAACUUUCCCCUCCUCAAGGGCCAUUUCAGUUCCCUCAAAUUCUAAUGAAGUAUUAUCAUAUUGAUAUAUCUGAGUCUUAAUUUGAAUGUCACUCUGCAGUAGAACUUUUGGUCUCAUAUGUGUCCAUAUUUGAAAAGAGUUUAUCUGGUGCACUUUAUUUAUCCUUGUUGUUGGAAACUCUAGGCCUUGUAACUUUUUAAUAACAAAACUGAAAUUCUGAUUCACAACAUGAAAGCAUGUGGAAAAAC